CCGGCCUCCCACACGCGCCGCCGCGGCUCUCCCGGUCGCGGACGGGGACGGAAGGGGAAAGGUAGGAAGCAUGGCGGCGAGGCUUCUCCUGCUUCUGGCCCUCGUCUGUCUGCAGCUUCCUCGCUGGGCUUCGGCGCAGCAGCCGGAGCAGGAAGCCACGGUCAUUGUCAAAGGAUCGGCGAAAAUUGCUGAGACGGAUCCGAGCUACGUGUGCGCUACCAUGGACUGGUGGCCACCGGAGAAGUGUAACUACAACCAGUGUCCUUGGGGUCAAUCUUCGAUUCUGAAUUUGGACUUGGAUCACCCCUUUCUGGCUCAAGCCAUCAAAGCAUUUGGUAACUUGAGGAUUAGGCUGGGAGGCUCUUUGCAAGACCGAGUUGUUUAUGACGUGGGGACAAAUAGUCCAUGCUCUCCGUUCACAAAUGUAUCAAAUGGUUUGUUUGGUUUCUCAGCCGGUUGUCUAAGUAUGGAUAGGUGGGACAAACUGAAUGAUCUAUUCCAGCAAACAGGAGCAAUUAUCACGUUUGGUCUGAAUGCGCUCGAUGGAAGGCAUAAUGUCCAACGUUCCUUCUGGGCAGGAAAAUGGAACUCUACAAAUGCGUACGAUUUUGUGAACUAUACGGUCUCAAAAGGAUACCCAGUUGACUCGUGGGAAUUCGGUAAUGAGCUGAGUGGGCAUGGAACCGGCGCAAGAGUCGAUGCUGAACUUUAUGGGAAGGAUGUAACUGAACUUCGAUCCAUACUCCGGAAGUUGUAUAGGGCACCACUCUCCCAGCCACUCCUACUAGCCCCUGGAGGAUUCUUUGAUCAACAGUGGUACACUCGGUUACUUCAGGCUUCAGGUCACGGUGUCGUUAGUGCCUUGACGCAUCAUAUUUACAAUCUUGGAGGAGGGGAUGAUGUUCACCUUAUGAGGAAGAUAGUAGACCCUAAGUACCUAGAUCGUGCUGAAGAUACUUACAGGGACAUGCAACUUACCCUCCAAAGGCAUGGAACAUGGGCUUCUGCUUGGGUUAGUGAAAGUGGUGGGGUGUUCAACAAUGGCCGCCACCUGGUGUCAAAUACUUUCAUGAAUAGCAUCUGGUAUCUCGAUCAACUUGGAAUGGCAUCAAAGUACAAUACAAAAGUGUUCUGCAGGCAGACUCUCAUCGGUGGCAACUAUGGUCUGCUUGACACAGAAACUUUCUUACCAAAUCCUGAUUACUACAGUGCUCUACUAUGGCAUCGGCUUAUGGGCAAUGGAGUUCUUUCAGUUGAUAUAAAUGCACCCCGUAAGCUGCGUGCUUAUGCUCACUGCAGUAAACGACACCAAGGGAUCACGCUCCUGCUGAUCAACCUAAGCAACAGCACUGGAUACAACGUGACCCUGCAGAACGACCUCAACGUGAGCGUCGACAGAACAAGCGGCCACCGGCGGAGGCACAGCUCUUUCGCCAAAAGAGCAGUCUCAUGGCUGGGAGGCAAGGCGGCGAGCGAGACCACAAAGAGGGACGAGUACCAUUUGACCGCCAAGGACGGCGAUCACCAGAGCAGAACAAUGCUGCUUAACGGUGUCCCGCUGGAGCUGGGAGACGACGGCAGCGUCCCGGCUCUGAACCCGGUGCCUGCUUCUGUUGACUCGCCAGUGUACCUGGCCCCGACGUCGAUCGCGUUUGUAGUUCUUCCGAGGUUUGAGGCCAAGGCCUGUUCUUGAGGGAGAUAUCCGUUGUAGUUUACCCACUGGGAGCAUUCCUAUUUAUUAAGUUCAUGAUAUAGAAAUAGAAUC